UAUUUAUCUCUCUAUAUGCAUGAGGGUGCAUGUUUCUGUUGAUGUGUGUCUCUGUAGAGGUUUAGGUAGAGGCAAGGUGGCAUGUGGGUAAUCUGGGGAAGGAAAUGCACAAAUAGUCUGUCUUUGAUCAGACUUGUGUCCCUUGUGUUUGCAUGCCUGGUUUGUGUCACAGCUUUAAUGUUCACAUAAAAGUUUUCAUAUAGGGGAGGCUAUAAUCAUACAGGGGGUAAAGGCACACGUGCAAGGGGGUUGACAAAAAGGCCAAGGAAUCAAACUAAGCCUUACUUUGCACUAAACUAGUUACUUUUGGUCUCAUCACCAGAACAAUUUCAAGUCAUUUUGUUUAAAUUGUGUUUCAUGGCACAUUCUUUUCAUGCUUCUUCUUUUUUUUCUUCUUACUAGAAUCAAUCAAACUCAUGUUAAUCUACCUUUUAGCGAGAUUUUUAUGGUAUACCUUCAAAUCUCCCACUCGUCCGUGACAAAAUAUCGUUAUUUUCUUAAAUGACGAUGUGCUCCUGCUUCAGCAAAAAUGUAGCUGUGCUUCCUGAGAAGUGGGAAACACUGCUUCUUCCUGUGGCCAUGCUGCAGCAAAAGCCUUUAUGCUGGAUGACCGGAACCAGCUGAAACCGGUUUCAGGCAGACUGAGGGCUGACAGGAACAAUGCCGACUCUGUGCUCCGCAGGGAUACGACCGAUAGCCUAGACUGCAGCCCUCCAUGGCUCAGGCUGUAGCCGCCACAGCCAGAUAGCCUCUGAGGUGCUCUGAGGCUCCGCUUUUAGCGAGGGGAGCAAGGAGGUGAAACGAGGGCAGGAGGGAUGUGGCUGUCUGGGAGUCUACAAUUCCUUAGUCUGCCUCACACACAUAAACAUACACAAACAAACACACACACACAAGGAGCAUGUUUUAUCUCUGUUUGAACUGUUUAUCCUUGUGCAAGUGGCACAGAAAAUGACUAAAGUCAGCUUUUACCAGGAGCACCACCACCAGAUCCCUGGAUGUAACUUGACCCUAUAUUCUGGGCCUUUUCCCGGUUGGGAAGCUUUUUUUUUUUUUUCUUUCUUUCUUGCAGGGUGGGGUGGAAGGCUAUUGUGGGUUAGCAGCAUUGUGACUCUGUUGCAGGAUGGAAGGAAAGAAAGAAGGUUUUGCUAGAGGCUGGAGAGGGAAAGAAGCAAGAGGCUGACCACUGAUUAGAAAAAGGAACAUGGGAGAUAUGAAGACGCCGGACUUUGAUGACCUGUUGGCGGCUUUUGACAUCCCCGACAUGGUGGAUCCCAAAGUCGCCAUUGAAUCUGGCCACCAAGACGAUCAGGACGGACAUCCCAAGCAACCCAGUGGUGCAGUGAUGGCCAGUGAAGAUGAGGCCCACAACUCCUCGAAUGCACAUGAUGGGGGGGUUAGUGUCAUUGUGAAGAACGUACGAAACAAGGACACCACUGAGUGCGAUGGAUCCAGAACAGGGAGGAAUGGACAUUUCAACUCCCAAACACGUUCUGUGGGCAAUGGACUUCAUAAUGGUUAUGUUCCAGGACCUGCUUCGCAUUACACUAAGAAUGGACUGAAACCCUCAAGGGAGCAAGGACCUAAAGCUAAUCGCCUUUCUUCCACUUUUAAUCAGUUCAGCCCGAUUUCCAGUGUAGAAGAGUUUGAUGAUGAUGAAAAGAUUGAGGUGGAUGACCUGACGGACAAGCCGGGAGCUUGUGCUUUGAAAACAGAGGACCAAAAUUACAAAUCCUUAGUGGAUAGCACCUCCAAGCCAAAAGCAAACAAAGCUGAACAGCCUGAUCAAAACAACAAUGUAACUGCCAGAGGGUCUAAAUCCAAGGACGAUUCUCAGUCACUUCUAGGUGGAGAAAACCUCCGAAGUGCUGUUAAGCCUCAGACUCAAGAGUGUCAAGAUGCUAGAGAAUCAUCAGGACUCGAUGGAUCCAGCAUCCCAAAGGUCAAAACCAAAUUCUCCUCAAAACUUUCUUCUUGUAUUGCUGCCAUAGCUGCACUCAGUGCCAAAAAGGCUACUACAGAAGACUGCAACACUUUGAAUUCUCCUGCAACUCAGCAAGAACCUGCCCAGAUGAAAAAUCCCAAACCAACAGAAAGACUACAAGAGCAUAAGUCAGGUCUAGAGUUGGCUAAGAAGCCACUUCCAAAACAGCCUGAUAGCCCCUCUAGUGUCACCAGUGAGGACAGCUGCAAAGGCUCCCCUUCCUCAAACACAGACAGCACCCCAGUGAUCCCAAAGGUCAGGAUAAGAACAGUCAAAACCUCAUCCGGGCAGAUCAAGCGCACAGUCACCAGAGUUCUCCCAGAACUUGAUCCUGAAAGUCUGAAAAGAGGAGAGGAAAACUCCUGCGUUAUACCAUCCACUGGUGCUGUCUUCUCAUCACCAACAAGGCCUUCUCUUCCAACCACAGUGAAAGCCUCAAGUGGAGGCUCUUCAAUUGAAAUAACAAAGCAGAUGACGAUAAAGCCUGUGGGAACAGCUUUUCUGCCGGUUUCAGCUGUUAAAACAGCUGGAUCACAAGUUAUAAACCUUAAACUAGCCAACAACACCACCGUCAAAGCCACAGUGAUCCCUGCAGCUUCCAUGCAAAGUGCAAGCAGCGCUAUCUUGAAAGCUGCUAAUGCUAUCCAGCAGCAGACUGUUAUGGUACCUGCUUCGAGUCUGGCAAAUGCCAAACUUGUGCCAAAGACGGUCCAUCUUGGUAACAUCAGUCUUUUGUCUCAGACUGUGUCUUCUGCCUCCUCUGAUCUUCCAAAGGUCCUUUUCUCUAAAUCAAAUCAGCAACAACAAACGCAGCAAGUCAAACAACAGGCAUGCAUUAAUGGCCAGGUCUCAAAGAAAGUCUCCAGGGUUCAGGUGUUCACAAGUUCUCAGAGCUCUGUUGUGGAUGCUUUCAAUAAGGUUCUGAGUAGCAUAAAUCCUGUUCCAAUGUAUGUCCCAAACUUAUCUCCACCAACCUUGGCUUGUAUCUCUCUACCCUCACGAGGCUAUAAGUGUCUGGAGUGUGGAGACUCAUUUGCUCUGGAGAAGAGCCUGACACAGCACUACGAGCGACGCAGUGUGCGAAUUGAGGUCACCUGCAACCACUGUGGCAAAAACCUGGUUUUCUUCAACAAAUGUAGCCUCUUGUCUCACGCCAGAAGCCACAAGGACAAAGGGGUUGUCAUGCAGUGCUCACACCUAAUCCUAAAACCUAUCCCUGCAGACCAGAUGAUCAGCACGCUGAGUUUGUCAAGAUCACCCGCAGCCAUUUCCUCCUCUUCCUCUCCCUCAAAUCCACAAACGUCCGACAGUCAAAUCCAAGGGAAGGUGGCUGCUGGUGACAACCAAGCUGCUGUGAUUUCAGCUCCAUGCAGUGGGCCUUCAGUGGCAGCCAUGCCCUUGGAGGACGAUGCAUCAAAGCUGUACAUGCACAACCUAAAAUGCUUGGAGUGUAAUGAAAUAUUCCAGGAUGACAACUCUCUGGCAAUGCACUAUCAAGUGUCAGAGUCCAACAGUCAGAAAACAUGCUCCAUUUGCCAAAUGCUUCUUCCGAAUCAGUGCAGCUUUUUGUCACACCAGCGAAUCCACCAGCACAAAUCUCCUUACAUCUGCCCUGAGUGUGGCGCAAGCUGUCGCUCCCUGCACCUCCAGUCUCACGUCACCAAGAACUGCUUGCAUUACACCCGCCGAGUUGGCUACCGCUGUGUCCACUGUAGCGUGAUCUUCGCUGAUGUUGCCACUCUCAAGUCCCACAUCCAGAACAGUCACUGUGAGAUCUUCUACAAAUGUCCUCUCUGCCCAAUGGCCUUUAAGUCUGCACCUGGAACCCACUCACAUGCAUACACUCAGCAUCCCGGAGUGAAGGCAGGGGAGCCCAAAGUGAUCUAUAAAUGUUCCAUGUGUGACACGGUGUUCACGCUGCAGUCUUUGCUCUACGCACACUUCGACCAGCAUGUCAUCAACCACAAAGUGUCCGUGUUCAAAUGCCCGGACUGCUCAAUACACUACGCUCAAAAGCAGCUCAUGCUGGAUCACAUCAAGUCCACCCAUGGAACCCUGAAGACCGUUGAGGGUCCUCCAAACCUGGGCAUCAACCUCCCUCUCGGCAUCAAGCCCACUAAUUCCAACAGCAACAACCCCCAUCCUAACAAGAAAGAUGGAAGCCCUGGCAACAGUCAAGACAAAAGAGAAAAGAAGUCUUCAGCUUCACUGAUGAGGAAGACCAGCAUCAAAUGUACAGCAGAUAUGAGAAGCCCUCUCAGCCCGGGAUACACAUGUGGAGAGUGCAAGAGUCUUUUCAACUCCAGGGAGCUCUUUCUGACACACAUGAGGCGGGAGCAUGGCAAGAUAAUGAAAAAACAUCCAUGCAGACAGUGUGACAAGUCUUUCAGCUCUUCUCACAGCCUCUGCAGACACAAUCGGCUCAAACACAAGGGACUGCGAAAGGUCUACACCUGCCCGCAUUGUCCAGCUCUGAGCCAGCCGUUCACUAAAAGAGUGUUGCUGGAUCAACACAUUCAGCUGAUGCACACAGUGAAACACCAGGAAGAAAACAGCAAUAAAGCGGAGGCUGAACCUGACAAAGACAUGAAGAAAAGCCCAAAACGGAAGUCUGAGGAGGAUAAGGGGUCUCCAGGCUUGACCUCCAGGGACUCUGGGUUGAAGCCACUGAAGAGGCUAAAGGUGAACAUCAUCAAACUUCACAAAUGUGCCGUCUGCAGCUUCACCACGGAGGACAUCGCUGCUUUCCACAAACACAUACCCCAGCACAAGUCGGAUGGCUCCUCGUAUCAGUGUCAAGAGUGCGGCUUGUGCUACACAUCCAGCCGCUCGCUGGCCCGACAUCUCUUCAUCGUCCAUCGAUUGAAGGAGCCGCAGGGUCUGGGCCGGUACAGCGGACGGGGCAAAGAGGAUGAAGAGAGUCAAAGAGAAAACCAGCUAGAUGUUGCAAAUGAGAACAAAGACGGGACACCAAAUACGAAAUGUAAAGUGUGCGGCAAGAUGUUUGAAACGGAGGGGCACCUGAAUACUCACAUGAGGACACAUGGGAUGGCCUUCAUCAAAUCAAAGACACUGAGUGCAGCAGAAAAAUGACUUUAUACAUUCCAAAACUACAACAAACAUAUGGGUCACUGUGCUGUAAAUAUAUUAGAUGUGUACAACAAAGUGUGUGCAAAAAAAGUCCAUAUAAAAGGUCCUUCAAAUGUCUUUAAGCUCAGUAAACAGAUGGGUUUUGUACAGAUAGAAAUGUUUCUAUAGACUAUGAGUGGAGCUUUUUGUAAAAGAGCACAUUUGUUUUAUUUCCAACGACGUACUCUCACUGAAACUAUUGUCAUAAUAGGUUUAAUCCUUCUACAGUGGGCAGUAAUCGCUAAGUUACAGUGCUGCUAAUGUCGAGUGAAUGUCUACUUGAAGUAGAAAUAUAGAUGCAUCAAUGUGGAGGAGGUUCAAGUUUCGACACUUUCCAUUUGGGAUUCAAACGCUACAAUUUUACAGAAUGAUUCCCUGAGAAUUCCUCUUGAAAUACCAGAAUAAAAUUCCUGCAAUAAUCAACAAAAAAAAGCAAAUUAAAAAAAAAAUCAAAACAUCUCUUGACAAUCCGUGCAGCGUUGAAAGUUCCCUUAUAUCAAAAUCAUCUGCAAAUGUUCAUAGAUGAUCGUGUCGCUGUGUCUUUAAACAAGAAGCAUAUGGGCCAACAUUUUUAAAACAUGUCUUUUCUUUCUUUUUUUUUUUUAACAAAUGUAUUGUCAUUGUCUUAAUAUACUGUAAAUGGCAGCUGUUUUUUAAAUUACAAACCACAACAAAAGUUUAUGUAAGUUAAUGUUCAAGAAACAAGGACAAAAAGCACUUGACUAUGAUUUAGUGAAUAUUAACAAAUGUUUUUACUAAAGCAGAGUAAUAAUACAAAUAUAGAUGAUCACGUUCAGAACCAACAAUAACCUUUUCAUUUGUAUUCAACUUAUAUCUUUGUCUUUUUAGACUCACUGGUGCAGUUUUGAAAGAGAGUAAAAUGCAAUGAAAAUUCUUUGAAUGUAAAAUUUGGCUGUGAAGCUGAACUAUUCACAGUUGAAAUAAAGAUGUGGUUUUCCAUUGCUGUUGCUAAGAAACUUUGUGUUUGCAUUUUAUUUUUAUUUUUUUCCCUUCCACCAUGUCUACAAAGCCCAGCGCGGUAAAACAGCAUGUGUGAAGCAAUCUGUGAAGUGUCUCUGUCAGAAUGUGUCUUGCUGCUGGCUAUAUUCUAUUUUAUUAUUUUUAUAGCAUUUCUGACAUUUGUGUACAAAGUUGUUUUUAUUGUCAAUAAAGGGUGAAACAUGUCAGAAGUGAUGUCUGCUGCACACACGGCAUCAGCUCCUCCGUGUUUCCAAAUCUUUU